AUGCUAUUCAUAAAAGCGAAGGAACAUCUCAUGGUAGCCCCGCCAUUUUUGCAUACCAAAGCAGAUAUCAUCCUUCGAUCAUCUGAUGGCGCUGAUUUUCGCGUGAUCACGCUCUUUCUGAAUCUCGCUUCCUCGUCCUUUGACUCGAUCAUCGAGCAAGCGGCACGAUCAGGCCAGAUCGAAGGUCAUCUGCCUAUCAUAUCCGUGGAAGAAAACCACAGAGUCCUUGAUAUCUGGCUCAGAUUCUGUUACCCGUCUACUCUUGCGGAGGAUCCUCCUCUGGAUGAACUUGAAGAUAUCAUACCUGUCCUUGAGGCAGCCAGGAAAUAUUCUUUGAAAUCGCUUGAGCAUAAAGUUCGCCAAGCGCUUAUUAGCCGUACGGAGAAAGAGCCUUUGAAAUGCUUUGCGCUUGCAAUGCGUGCCCAGUUAGACACCGAAGCUACGCUCGCUGCAAAAGAUAAUCUCCGUCAAUCUCUCAUUCCUGCAAGAAUUCCAGAAAUCAACCUCAUCACAGCAAAGGAACUGCUCGCACUACUUACCUAUCAUCAAAGGUGUGGCAUAUCGGUCCAAUCCUUGGGCAAGGAUUUAUCCUGGAUUACCCAUUACUACUACAAUACGCCAAACGCAAGCUACCAAUGGAUCAUCAGCGGCGCCUGUAGCUGCGAGUCCGGCAGUCAAUUCUUGCUCAAUCUUCAACGACCAGUGAAAUGGUGGAGUGAUUACAUGGAAAAAAGUCUGACGUCCUUGCGCGACAAGCCAUCUGGCCACACGGUCCUUCUAGAGGUUGAUGACGCAAUCCGGGGCGUUCGAGCUGCUGGCUGCUCGCAUUGCUGUUCAAAUAUCCUGGUUAAUAUGACAGAAUUCGCUAUGUUGUUUAGUAGGAUGGUUGAUGCUUUGACGGCAAAGGUUGAUCUCGACACGGAGUUGGUUGGGCCCUUCGUCCCGGCUACCUUGUCCUUUGCCCCGGUUACCCCAGAAACGCAGCGGCAGAAGGCUGGCGGGAAGAAGAAGAAGGGAAAAAAGUGA